UGAUAUUGUGUCAUCGGUGUUUGCAAACAAAACUACUGUGGCUUCAUGCCUGCGCCGUCCACUGACACCACACACCGCCGCGGUCAUGGGAGAAAAUGGUGAAAGCGAAAUAAUUGAGCACCACGAUGACGAAGAAAUGGAGAAGAUCCGGACGCCGAGGAAUCACUCGCAUUCCUUUCUGGAAAGCGUCACGUCGUCGGAUAAGGACGGAUACAGCAGCACGCAGUCAUCACAUCGCCUGCUUGCCUAUAGUGAUGCGCUCAUCUCCAUCAUUGCCACUGUAAUGAUAUUGCCUGUUGCACAUACGAAAUUUCAAGAUAAUGAGGAACUGAAACAGAGUAUUCAGGCUUUGCUCACCACCAAGGUUGCUGUCUACUUGAUGACUUUUUUGAUCGUCACUGUUGCUUGGGCUGCACAUAUCCGGUUGUUUCAAGUCAUUGAGCGCAUUGACGACACUCUUGCGCUGCUUAACCUGGCAUGUAUGAUGCUUAUAACCUUUCUACCAUACACAUUCUCUCUCAUGGCAACGUUCCCUAAUAAUAUUUUGGGCAUCCUUCUCUUCUGUGCUUGUGUCAUGGUGAUUGGUUUAAUUCAGGCCUUGAUCGUCUUGUAUGGAUUCGGUCGUCCUUUCCUCCUCAAUGAUCAGAUCCAAAUGUCUGAGAAUCAGGCUUAUUACAAGCGACGCAUCCUUGAAGUCAUCAUGAGAGUUCCUAUCAUGUGCUUGUUUGCCAGUAUCUUUUCAGUCAUCUAUAUCCCACUGUCCUACAUCAUUUUGGCUAUUGUCAUAUUCCUGCCUUACAUCUCUCAGUGUUUAAAAUGGAUCCGGAGUAAAGCCAUCGGUGGUCAGGUGGAAGACAGCCCAGAUUCUGUGCCCUUCUACACCUACCACCCAAGUGAACCUUUGAGUAAAGAGCGAGUGGAGGCCUUCAGCGAUGGGGUGUAUGCAAUCGUAGCCACGCUGCUCAUCUUAGACAUUUGUGAAGACAACGUGCCUGAUCCGUCUGUGGUAAAGAAGGAGUUUGACGAUAACCUCAUCAUUGCGCUUCAGGAGUACGGCCCCGAGUACCUGGCCUACUUCGGUUCCUUCGCCACCGUCGGCCUGCUGUGGUUCGUUCAUCACUCUCUCUUCCUGCAUGUGACAAAGGCCACUCGCCUCAUGGGCCUAUUCAACACAUUCUCCCUGGCUUUUGUAGGCGGCCUGCCGCUCGCCUACCAGCUCACACAUGAAUUUCCCAGAGGCUCCCGCAACGAGCUGGAGGCCGUGCAGAUCAGCUGCGUCAUUAUUUUCUUCGCCGGUCUGUUCCAGCUAGCAAUGUGGGUAACGGCGCUUUUUACAGAGCGUGAGACUUUGCAUCCAUAUGUGCGCUACGGCGGUCGAGAACACGCCUUUAUGUUAGCCAAGCUCUCCCUCUACCCCUGCGUGGCUCUCGGGGCAUUCGUUUUCACCUGCGUCCUGAGCCGCUUCAGCACGUCUAUCUUUCACAUGAUGGAGAUUGGCGUGCCGUUUGCUUUUCUUAUUCUGAGGCUGGUGGUUCGUGUGGCGCUGGCGAUCAUCAGAUGGCUCUUUUGUCCUGUGAGGAACGAUUUGGACAGUGUUCCAGUAGAGGACGAGGACUUACAGCUGCCCAUUAAUGAUAUAGUGACUUAGCAGGGAACGGAGAGGAACGCCUCAAUGUUUGACCUAAAAUUAAGGUUAGGCUAGAUUCCCAGCGCUAUUGUUUAUGAUUAAUACUGCAGCUGACAGCUUUGUGCUGCAGAAGACGUCCAUAUCGGUCAAAUCUCUCAUUUAGUGUAAUCGACUGUGGAAGUGAUUGAUGAAUGUUGAGUCUUCAAUGUCAUAGCAGUGGGCAGGAGAACCAGAGUUUUUUUCUCCUUACAGAAAUGCACAAAAAAGUUUUUUUUAGCAUCUUAAUGUUUUUAUUAGCAUGUUAAAACAUUGUUUUUAUGUUCAGAUUUUAAUGUGAAUUAAUUACAUAGAGGUUUUCACUAAUUUCAAACAAUAAGAACUACAAAAGUUUUUUUUAGAUUAUGUUUAGUUAUGUUGGUUUUAGUUUUACAUUAUUUUGACUUUUGCACUAAAAAGGGAUAGUUCACUCAAAAAUGAAAACUCUGUCAUUAAUUACUCACCCUCAUGUCGUUCCAAACCCGUAAGGCUUUUGUUCAUCUUUGGAACACAAAAAGAUAUUUUUGAUGAAAUCCAAGAGCUCUCUGACCCUGCAUAGACAGCAAUGCAACUGACACGUUCAAGGCCCAGAAAGGUAUUAAGGACAUUGUUAAAAUAGUCCAUGUGACAUUAGUGGUUCAACCUUAACUUUAUGAAGCUACAUAAAUACUUUUUGUGUGCAAAGAAAACAAAAAUAACGACUUUAUCCAACAAUUUCUUCUCAUCACUGUCAGUCUUCGACAGUGUUGCCAAGUCCCACGGAAUUAGGCUACUUUAACACUUUUGCUGUGGGUGGUUUUCCAUGUCCGUGGGUUUAAGCGACCCCAAUAGCAUAAUAUUUACCCCCCAGAACGUGAUUUUUAAUAGGAGACCCAGGGGCUACUUUUGGGCUAGUUUAGAGUAGCAAUUGGGUGGGUUUUGUUGUGAAAACCUGGCAACCCUGGUCUUUGACACAUGUUCAUGACAGUACCACACUCACAAAAAGUAUUCUUUUAACUUCAUAACAUUACGAUUGAACCACUGAUGUCACAUGGACUAUUUUAACCAUUUUAACAAUGUGUCAGCUGUGUUGCUAUCUGUGCAGGGUCAAAAAGCUCUCAGACUUCAAAAAUAUCUUAAUUUGAGUUCAGAAGAUGAACGAAGGUCUUUGAAAACAUGAGGGUGAGUAAUUAAUGAUAGAAUUGUCAUUUUUGGGUGAACUAUCCCUUAAGUUUUUUUUUUUUUUUUUCGUAAGGAGCUGCAAUUUAAGUUUUGGGAUGUUCCAGUGGAGGAAAUCUUUCAUAUAACUACAUAAAUGUCUGAAUGCUUUCUCCAGGUUUUUGUAAUGCUCUACAUAAAUCUACUCAUUUCAUGCGACAAUGAAACUAGUGAUGCACCUUAGAUUAAAUAAUGACGUCACUGUUGCACUUACAGUCUGAUUGGAAUGGAGCAUGUAGAGAUAAUCAAGAUUCAUAAGCCAUUAUGAUUGUGUUUGUGGCAUUUGAGAUUGUUUUGUUAGUAUUUCAUCUAAAUGUUAUUACCAUACUAUAAGAUGUUAUACGUAAAGUGCACUUGUCAAACAUUUUAAUUGUCAUCCUAAGUUCUUGAUUUUUUCACAUUAAGUGUUUUAAUAGUCUGCCUUUUUUUUUGGGAACUACUGUAGAUGUGUCCAUUCAAAUGUUACUGUUUAACAACAAACAAAGAUACAAUUUUGAGAAUAAACUCAAAUGCUGCUUGCAGAAGUA